CGAUUCUGUUGGAUCCGGAGUCCGUCAGGAGCAGGUCGCAGGAGAGUCUCAGCUCCCUCCCCCUCCUCCUCCUCCACCUCCUCCUCCACACACACACACACACACACACACGCACGCACACAUGCACGCACACGCGCACCCCCCGCUCGCGCACUCACACACAGCCUCCUACCUGCAGCUCUUUCGGUAGCCAUGAAGAGACAGAACGCCCGGACCCUCGCGCUCAUCAUCAGCAUCCUCACCUACCUGGUGGUGGGCGCGGCCGUCUUCGAGACCCUGGAGUCCAAGCAGGAGAAGACUCACAAGAGGAGGCUCGACUCCAGGCGGCACGAGCUCAUGCGCAAGUACAACUUGACCAAAGAGAACUUCGAGGAGCUGGACCACGUCGUCCUGCAGCUCAAGCCGCACAAGGCGGGCGUCCAGUGGAAAUUCGCCGGGUCUUUUUACUUCGCCAUCACUGUGAUAACGACCAUAGGUUACGGCCACGCCGCGCCCAGCACCGACUCAGGGAAAGUGUUCUGCAUGUUCUACGCCCUCCUGGGGAUCCCGCUCACGCUGGUCAUGUUCCAGAGCCUGGGCGAGCGGAUCAACACCUUCGUCAGGUACCUGCUGCACCAGGCCAAGAAGUGCCUGGCGAUGCGUCACACCGAGGUGUCCAUGGCCAACAUGGUGACCGUGGGCUUCUUCUCCUGCAUGAGCACGCUGUGCGUGGGGGCCGCGGCGUUCUCCCACUGCGAGGGAUGGAGCUUCCUCCACGCCUUCUACUUCUGCUUCAUCACGCUCACCACCAUCGGCUUCGGAGACUACGUGGCGCUGCAGCGGGACGACGCGCUGCAGAACGACCCCCGCUACGUGGCCUUCUGCUUCGUCUACAUCCUGAUGGGCCUGACGGUGAUCGGAGCGUUCCUCAACCUGGUGGUGCUCCGCUUCCUGACCAUGAACACCGAGGACGAGCGCAGGGACGCCAAGCAGAGGGCCCUGAUGUCCGUGGGCAAGCCCAGGGGGGAGGUCGCCCGCCUGCUGCCCGUCUCGGCCUCGACCUCUUCGACGGCCGCGGCGGGCGGCUCCGCCAGGGCGAAAGAUUUAAAAGGUGUCUACACCGAGGUGCUGCAUUUCCAGACUAUAUGCUCCUGCUUGUGGUACCGCAGCAAGGAGCAGCUGCAGGGCUCCAGGACCACCAUGACCCCUCAGGAGCUGACGUUCUCCGAUGCCUACAUGCGGCAGGGCAGUAACUAUCCCCACUGCGUGGAGCCCGGGUCCACGGGCUGCGUCUGCAGUCCGCGCCAGUGCUCCAGCAUCAGCUCCAUAACGACAGGCCUGCACCUCCUCUCCCCGUUCAGGAUGUUCAAGAGACGCAGCUCCGUCUAGCCUUUUUACCGGCGCAGCGAAACAGCUACAUGGCGCUAAUCUCAGUAAACAGUGGGACACAGGGUGGGGGGGAACGUACAGUACUGUAAACAAGACAUCCUAAAAUAUGUGUUUUAAGGAAAAGGAAAUGUUUGGGAUUUGAGAUCUAAUCGCGUAAAGACGUCAUCUGAACACGAGGUCGUACACGAGUCGAAGGCGAACCACCGCAAUGCAGGUGCUGCUGGGAAGGUGUUUCUGUUAAUAGUCCCACAGGUGCUGAUUUGAGUCGAGGCGUUAUUUCUUAGAGUUUUUCCUUUGACGUGUUUGUGACUGAUGCUGCACAAUUUCUGGUUUCUCGUUACCCUGAAACCCAAAACAAAUCGUGAUUGUCAGAACUGUAUUAAAGCCGACACACACACACACACACACACACACACACACACACACACACACACACACUGAUAACUGAUAACUUGACAUGACUCAUUUUUUCUGUGUAGCUGCCUCUGUUAUUGUGAAUUUCAGAGGUCUCGGCCCAAACUGCUGGUGCAUCAGUCACAAACUCUGCAGAGUUAUGUAACGUCACAAGUGGAAAAGUUCAAAAAAUCAGGAUGACAUAUCCGUAACGCAGUAAAACCGCAUUAACACAAGGACACCCACCGGCAGGUACUGAAACACGCUCAAACACGCUUUUAAAGAAGAUCCCUUACUUUGGUGUUACCUUGUUUGCAAGGUAAGAAAAACACUUAACUUCCACCUGUAUGUUACGUAAAGUAGAAUAGGGAGAACCACUUCGCACUGAGGUGCACGUUCAGCCUUCCAGCUGUGAAAAGGAAAUCCUCAUCCAAGAACUCCAAUUAUUUUCAACUAAAUUGCAUCAUAUUAACCUACACGCUAAUGUCCCCGUUUGCCCUGUAUCAUGUUUACCAAGAGUUUGAAGCGGGUUCACUCGCUUCACACAACUCCUCUUCUCCCCCUAGAAUGCCUCUUGGCAAACAACAGCAAUCGCGAUGAACUGGAAAAGCGCAACAAACCGUCCUGCUUUGAGAAAACUUCCGUCUCUGCUCUACAUACAAAACAACUGUGACAUACACAAGGUUACCAGGCUCAUUCAUAGUCAAGGAGAUUGUGCAAUGCAGUAUGCGGCCCCAAAUUCGUGAGAAAAACACAAAAACAAAAGUAUAUUUGGAGGAGAGCGGAGGAUGAAUUUAGGCUGCAGAAGCGGCUCUUAAGUCUGGUGGUACGGCAGCUGAUGCCUCUGUUGCCACACGGCAGCCGGGUGAACAGGCGGUGCUGCGGUGCGUAUUGUCUUUUUAUAUCCUUUGGGAUCCACCCAGUGAAAGCAUUUUUUCACUAACGUUGGAGGCGAUUGCGAGAGACUUGUGGCGUGAAGUGUUGUAAUGUGUCCGCAUAUAUAUACAUAGUAGUGUGUUGUUUGUUCUUUUAAAACGUAUUUGGAAACUCAUUUUUUGGUAACUAUUACAGACAACUACAACUCUUUUUUUUAAUGCUAACUACAUAACUUUGUUCCAUGUAUCUGUUCCUCCUCAAGCCAGUAGCUGGUUAGCUUAGCCUAGCAUAAACAAUAGAAACAGGGGGAAACAGCUAGCCUGGCUCUGUCCAAACGUAACAAAAAUAAACAAAAGUAUUUUUCAACCACAAGUUGUUGGUCACCUCGUGGGUGUUUUUGUGGCUUUUUUGCAUAACCCUAAAUUAGAUUUUUUUUUUACCUAAACCUAACUGCAUGUAAUCAUUUUAACACCAACCAUGACGUUUCCCUUAAACCUAUAAGUAGGUAGUUUGUUGCCUAAACCUUUGUGUUGUAACGUAACAACAGCCCAAAAAGAAAAAAUGUAUCUGAGCAACGCAAAAAAAAAAUGUGUCUCCCUCCAAACAAAACUAAUUCAUUCCAUUUCGUGCAAAGCUAGCUCAUCUUUAUGCUAAGCUAGGCUAAUCUAACUCUGACUCCAGCUCCAUAUUUAACGCACAGGCGUAAUAAUCAUAAUGAUAAUGAUACAUUUACUGUUCCAACUCUCGGAAGGAAAACAAAGGAGUGUCUCCCCGAAUUGUUAACAUAUUUUUCAAAGGCCAACACUAACAACCGCGGUUAAAACACAAGCUCAAACAUGUUCUGAGUGUGAAUCUGCUCGGCUUUUCAUCCCUCUCCACCCGGUCCGAAUCACAUCUGCAUCAAACAGCAGAUGCAAACUGUUAAUUGGAGCAGCCGGGGGUGGCAGAUGGGAAGAGGUUGUCCCUGAUUGGACAAUGGUUGUCAAUCACAGAUAAUUAGGCCAAAAUAAACUUGGUCUCUCUAAUUGAUGGGAGAGAAGAAAGAAGUCCUCGCUCAGAUACCAUUUCUUGUAGUUCUGUCCUUAUUUUUGUGAUAAAUUAAGAAUUUGUUCCUUGA